AUGCGAGGAUUAGAUUUAGUUAAGCCUUUUGCCCGUUUCUUGCCCGAAGUGGCCCCUAAUGACCGUAAAAUUCUCUUCCAAGAGAAACUCCUCUGGACUUUAACUGCCAUUUUGAUUUACUUAGUAUGUUCACAAAUACCUUUAUUUGGUAUUAUGAUUAGUGAUAAGGCCGAUCCAGUCUACUGGCUUAGAGCUAUGAUGGCAGGUAAUCGUGGUACGCUUAUGGAUUUAGGUUUAGGUCCAAUUUUAAUGGCAGGUAGUGUUACUCAGUUCUUAACCUUUGUUGAUCUUAUCAAAGUUGAUGAAAAUAUCAAAGAGGAUUCAAUUCUCUUCUCAGCCUUUCAAAAGCUCUUAGCCCUCUUGAUUACUUUUGCCCAUGCUUUAAUCCAGGUAUCAACUGGCUUUUUUGGAUCUCCUAGUCAUUUAGGUAUGUCAGUUUGUCUUUUGAUUGUUGUGCAGUUAAUGUUCUCAGGAGUGAUUAUUGUUCUUUUAGAUGAGUUGUUACAGAAAGGUUAUGGUUUAGGCUCUGGAGUUAAUCUGUUUAUUGUAGCUAAUAUUUGUGAGUCAAUUGUUUGGAAGGCAUUUAGUCCUUCGGUGUACAGUACGGGCCGAGGUCCUGAAUUUGAAGGUUCAGUUCUUUCAUUCUUACAACUGUUAAAGAUAAGACGGAAUAAGUUGGAGGCAAUUUAUGAAGCAUUCUUUCGUAAGAACUUGCCCAAUCUCUUUUGUUUAGCUAGUACAGCUACUAUGUUUUGUUUAGUUAUCUAUCUGUACAAUAUUAGGUUAGAGUUGCCUUUGGAUUCAAUGCAGGCUAAAACGCCGCAAAUGAAAUGGGCCAUUAAGUUAUUCUAUGUAUCUAGUACGCCGAUUAUCUUGCAAAAUCAGGCUAUUACGACGUUUUAUAGGUGUUCAAGGUUCUUGAGUGAUCGGUGCCCAGGUCGGUGGUAUACGCGUAUUUUAGGAGUGUGGGAUAUUAGAGAGUCUUUGGCUUAUGAGCCAGUUAGUGGGAUUGCUUACUAUAUCUCACCUCCUAGUAAUGUUUUAGCCGCUUUGAAACGGCCGAUUCACUUUUUGAUCUAUUCGGUCUUUAUGUUGGGGACUUCGGCCUUACUGGCUUACUACUGGAUGGAGAUGAAUGAAAGUUCUCCUACAGAGGUGGGUAAGCAGUUGACGCGGCAGAAGUUAGUGGUGAAAGGUCAUUCAGUGCAAGGAACCCAAGAUAUGCUGAAUAGGUACAUUCCUAUUGCGGCUGUGCUAUCGGGGAUAAUCAUUGGUGGGAUUUCCAUUAUGAGUGAUUUACUGGAUACGAUUGGCUCGGGUCAGAACAUUAUUCUGGCUGUUUCCAUUAUUGGGCAGUACUUUGAGUUGUUUGCUAAAGAGCAAAUGAAGUAUCAUGGCACGGCAAUGGUACGAUAG